UGCAGGGGGAGGAGGGUGGGCCACGCGAUAUCAACUAUAAGGGACAGGGUUAAGUUGACCCUGGUCUGCCACCUGGUGUGGAGGCCUUGCUGGCUGGAAGGAAUCAUGAUGAGCGGCAAGAGCCUACUCCUGAAGGUGAUCCUGCUUGGGGACGGUGGAGUGGGCAAGUCCUCCCUAAUGAACCGCUAUGUCACCGACCGCUUUGACUCCCAGUCCUUUCACACCAUCGGCGUAGAGUUCCUAAACCGGGACCUGGAGGUGGACGGGCGCCUGGUCACUCUUCAGAUCUGGGACACGGCCGGCCAGGAGCGCUUUAAGUCUCUGCGCACGCCCUUUUACCGCGGCGCAGACUGCUGCCUGCUCACAUUUGCUGUGAACGACCUGCAGAGCUUCCAAAACCUCGGCUGCUGGAAGAAAGAGUUCAUGUACUACUCGGAUGUUAAAGACCCUGAGCGGUUCCCCUUUGUGGUGCUAGGCAACAAGGUAGACAUGGAGCAAAGGGAGGUGGGGCAGGACGAAGCCCGGGCCUGGUGUGAAGAGAGCGGCUGCUGCCCUUACUUUGAGACCAGUGCUAAGGAUGACACGAAUGUCACAGCUGCAUUCGAGGCAGCUGUCAGGGAGGUUCUGGCUGCCGAGGACCAGAUUGACCAUGCACUGCUGGGUAGUACUAUUGAUCUCCAUGGCAACCGCAAAACAUCUCGCACGUCUUGUUGCUGAUUCGUGAGGUGUGAAUCCACCUUGUCCUAAUCUCUCUGGCUGAACCUUGCCCAUGGCAGUUUUGAAAGACUGGGAGGUAUUGUUAAUGGUAAAUGUACUAUAGGUACAAGGUACUGAGUACGGUAUCGCCUAAAGAUACUGUGGAUAAGAUACAGCUGCUCUGUGGAGGGCUCUGUCAAGGAUUCAGCUGGUGUCAAGGUUGUUGAAAUAUUGCUCUUAAGUACAGGCCUACGGUACAGGCACACUGUAACAAGCACACUCUUCCUUUGUACUCCUUGUCUGCUUUCAGUAGUGUUGCACAAAAAUACUUUCACCCAGCUUGAGCUCGGUCUGCCUAUGCAGGUGUUGUAUCAAAAAGUGCUUUCAGGGCAUUUAUUUUAAAUGAAAUAAAUAAUAUGUUAACUUAAACAGUGGACUGGAGAAUAUGCCACUCCUCUCUUGAAAGAGAACCUUCUAUCUUUGGCACAGCAGCAUACAGUCGGACUUGUAUCUGCUCAACAGUCUGUCCAUGAGCUGAUUUUCCUGGCUUUUAGAGGGACUUUGAAUACAACAUCACAUUUCCUUAUUUUCAGAUAUUUCAGCAGUGGAGAGCUAAUGUAUAUUCUGGCUACAGAAAGUGUCUGUGACUGACAGUGUUCCCAAGCCAGGCAGAUAUAAUGCAUGAGAACUCCCAACAUCAGUAUGAUGACCAAUAUUAUUCUAGGUACGAGGAAUUUUAAAUGAUUGCUACUCACAAAAGCAAGAUGACCUUGUUUGUCUUCAAUGGGAAGGGAACUGUAAACUUAAAUUUCAAAGCUCUGACUGUCAGCAUUGGGUACGUGCUUUUGUUGUUCGUCUAUUAUAUGUAUUACCACUGCACUAGUGAGUAGCAGGAGGUGUCAGGUGUACGAGUUAGGCAUUAUCAGAUUAUUUCCCGUGAUUUAUGUACAUGGGCCUGUUUACUAAGUAAGAUUCAGUGUUUCUCAAAGUUCAAAAAUAAUACUGCUUUUGCUGCUGUUGUUGAUAAACUGCUGUUUAUUUUUCUGUGAAGCACAUUUCGAUCCUCAGACAGAUGUUUUUUUAUUUUUGCAGACGUGUGAUAUUCUGUUUGAUCAAGGGUUUGUUUUCCUAAUUAUGGCAUGUUUGUAAUCCUGUGACUGCCUUGUUGAUUGCUUGGCAAGCCUUAACAUUCCAGUCCUUUUAGCGUUUCCUAUUCUGAAGGUCUCCUGCGCUUUACCGAUACUUUACAUACACCUUUUGCUGUCUGUCUGGUUAUUCUGGGUCUCAGCUGAAUGUGAAAUAACCUGAGCACAAGGAUAAGGCCAUUACUAGUAAUGCAUGCAUUGCACAUCACCUCUCCUGUCCAUUCAUAAAGUAUUGAGUAAAACUUACAACUGAGUAUUCUGACAAUUUAACAAUGUUUACUUGUUUUCACCUUGGUGAUACUUUUCUUUUAUUUGAAUGUUUUUACAAACAGGCUUCCUUUUGGCUUUACUGCUCUGGGCCAUACAGGGCAUUGCCUGUGUAGUCAAAAGAAAAAAAGAAGCUAAUAUUCAAUUAACAUGGUCUAAAUUCAUUCACAUCAGUAUUUUAAUUGCCGCUGGCAUAGUGUUUAUUAUUUAUUGCGUCUACUCAAACAUCUAAACCUGCAGAGUUUUGUUGGAGGUCUCUCAGCCUGAGAUUUGCCUUUCAAGUCAAAAAUUGCAUCAUAUUACAAUGUGUGUGCAGACUAAUGGUGAAUGUUACAAGAGCUUCGCUGUGAAAGUGAACCAAAUCCAUCAGGUACUGUCAUUUUUACUUUUUACAUGGUUCUUUGCUUUAAUGUAGGCUCAUAAUAAAUAGCUUGGUCAUGUGAUUACCGUAGGUGUUUUGAGUACAAGUACUCACAGCAGUAUGAGAGAAACUUAAUUAACUGUGAACUGAGAAGGCAUUUUAACUAAAUCAAGCUGGUAGCCUACAUUAAUUCAAAGCAAAAAUGAGGGCUGUUGGCUUAUCAUGUAUCAGUGUUAAUGUUUUCUGGAUUAAACAGAAUACUUUGUCUCUCUACCGUUUAAAAAUAAUAAUAAUCCUGGUCAGAUAAUGUAGCCUAUCAGUGUUUACCUGAGAACCAGUGGGUACUUAGAAACUUGCAGCAUAACCAUACAUGUUGCUAUCAUGAUGGUGUCAUAUAUCACUGCAACCCUGUCUUAUGUCCCAUUUAUUUUAUGUUGCUGUAAUAUUUAUGAAUGUAAAAAGUAAUUUCUUUGGGCUGUCCAUAUUAAUGGCUUAUGUAAAUUGCAAAGGGCAUUCAUUUUAUAAUAAUGUACAAAAUGACACUGAACGUCUGUCUCACACUCAGUGCUCAACCCGUAAGUGUGAUUUAAGUUGUGUGAAAGUUAGACUGUUAAUCUUGAUUAUGUGUUGAUCUAAUGGGAAACUUCCCUUACUCUCUUUUUGCACUAUGGGGGAUAUGAAUGGUUGUGCCAACAUGCUGGCAAAGCGGUGAAUACUCUCCGGUGCUUGGCUACAAAUAAAACAUGAAA